AUGCGCCAACCAAAGGAAAUUAGCCUGUGGUCUGUCGGCUUGUCAGGGACCGACUUCCUUCAUGACAAACAGGACCAAGCCAAUUUCAAGAAACAUCUGGACAACGUCCUCGACACCACUGGCCCUACAUACUCUUCAAUUGACUCAUUGUCUUACUUGGGGUCUGAUGCUGCGUUUCCCCUCGUAUACAUGAAUAGCAUCCUUCCAGGAUCUGUACGUAGGGUCAUCGAGGUGGUGAACGUCAACUACGGCUAUGAACCGGCCACUCAGCAAUGCAAACACUCCAUAGCCUGUCUUUUGCAGAUUUACGCCAAGCUAGUUUUUAAAGAACGAACUGGAAUUGCUGGAUCGGGCGCGGGUACAGAGCGCUCGGCCUCUCUAUCGCAGCAUCUUGAACAUUUGCAGCAAAUCUUUCCGGGUGAUGUGGGCAUUUGCGCCGAGGCCUGCACCCUGGAUGAUUUACAAUUGGUGCCUCAUCAACUAGAUGGACUCCUGUAUCUGUUCAACUUGAUGUCUGGAUAUGUCCUUGCCAGCUUGGUUGGGAGCAGCUAUGGCAGCCAAUGCUUCCAACAACAGCUCAUGAUGGCCUGGCCACGGGUGCAAAAACUUCUGGCAACGGUGAAAUGUCCCGAUUUGGGCACUGCUGCUUCUCCUCGAGCAGGUCUUUGA